GUGGAAGCAAAAUGGCACAGAUAUUGAUCUUACCAUGAGUUAUCACUACAGGUUGGUUGGAGGCAGCUUGGCAAUCAAUAACCCACGUAAAAAACAGGAUAUUGGAACAUACCAGUGUUUGGCCACAAAUUCAUUUGGAACAAUUCUGAGCAGGAAGGCAAAGCUUGAAUUUGCAUAUCUUGAGAAUUUUGAAAUGAAAACAAGAAGCACAGUGUCAGUCAGAGAAGGACAAGGAGUGGUUCUGCUCUGUGGUCCUCCACCACAUCAUGGAGGCUUGUCUUUUGCAUGGACCUUCAACAACAGCACCUUAUACGUUCAGGAGGACAGACGGCGUUUUGUUUCACAAGAAACGGGAAAUCUGUACAUUGCCAAAGUAGAGCCGUGGGAUGUGGGCAAUUACACCUGUGUGGUGACCAACUCCAAGGCUGGGCAGAGUGUUCAGGGGCCACCCACUCCCCUCACCCUGCGCAGUGAUGGUGUGAUGGGAGAGUAUGAACCAAAGAUUGAAGCACGUUUUCCAGAAACCACAUACGCAGCAAAGGGCUCGUCUGUUAAACUGGAAUGUUUUGCCCUUGGAAAUCCAGUCCCUAAUAUCAGCUGGAGGAGGUCUGAUGGAAGCUCAUUGACAAAGAAAAUCAAACACGACAAAAACAAAGGAGUUCUUGAAAUCCCGGAUGUUCAGCAAGAAGAUGAAGGCUCUUAUGAGUGCAUUGCAGAAAACAUUCGAGGCAGAAACAUUGCAAGAGGUCAAUUAUUCGUCUAUGCACUCCCUGAGUGGGAUAAAAAAAUCGAAAAUGCCUUUCUGUCUCUCUAUGACAGUUUGUUUUGGGAAUGUAAGGCAAAAGGAAAACCAACCCCUUCCUACAGCUGGUUAAAAAAUGGCCAGCCUCUCACGUCAGAGGAGAGAAUUCAGGUGGAAAAUGGAACUCUUAUCAUACCGAUGCUGAAUAUGUCAGACUCUGGCCUCUAUCAAUGUGUGGCAGAAAACAAGUACGAUACUAUUUAUGCCAGUGCUGAAUUGAGGGUCAUAGCGGCAGCCCCCGAUUUUUCCAAAAAUCCCGUGAAAAAAACAUCUGUUGUUCAAGUUGGUGGUGAAGUCACCAUUGGUUGUAGACCAAGUGCUUCUCCCAGAGCAGCUAUUGACUGGAGAAAGGGCCCCGAGGUGCUGCGCCUGAACAAAAGGGCUCUCUUACUGGAGGAUGGCAGUCUCAGGCUCUACAACAUCACCAAAUCAGAUGCUGGCGUGUACACUUGUAUAGCAACAAAUCAGUUUGGAGUUGCCAGAAAUUCAGGGAACCUGAUUGUGAAAGAAAGGACUGUAAUUACUAUUCCACCUUCUAACAUGGAUGUAACAGUUGGAGAAAGCAUAGUCCUUCCAUGCCAGGUUUCUCAUGACCCCUCCAUUGCUGUGGCGUUCUCCUGGUCAUUCAAUGGCAACAAAAUUGACUUCAAAAGAGGAAUACAUCAUUUUGAGAGAAUUGGAGGAGAAUCUGUUGGAGAUUUGAUGAUAAGAAAUAUUCAACUUCAUCAUACUGGGAAAUAUGUGUGCAUGGUGCAAACAACCUUAGACAGUCAAUCUACAGCAGUAGAUAUAAUUGUAAGAGGUCCCCCAGGCCCACCAGAGGAUGUUAGAGUUGAACAUAUUUCUAGCACUACUGCUGUGUUAUCCUGGAAAUCUGGAAUAGAUAACAAUAGUCCAGUCCAGAUCUACAGCAUUCAGACAAGGACUCCUUUCUCAGUUGGAUGGCAGGCAGUUUCAACAGUUCCUGAAGUCCUCAAUGGUAGGACUCAUAAAGCAACAGUGGUUGACUUAAGCCCUUGGGUUGAGUAUGAGUUCCGUGUGGUUGCCAGCAACAGUGUUGGAACUGGGGAGCCAAGCAAGCCAUCAGCUCUACUGAAAACCAAAGCAGCAGUUCCCACAGUGGCACCAACGAACAUCAGCGGAGGAGGAGGGAGCCGCUCUGAGCUGGUCAUCACGUGGGAGCCGGUGCCAGAAGAACUACAAAAUGGAGGUGGUUUUGGCUAUAUUGUUAUGUUUCGUCCUCUUGGCUCAACAACGUGGACAAAAGCAGCAGUGGCUCCCGUAGAAGCAAGUAAAUAUGUGUAUAGGAAUGAAAGCAUUACACCUCUGUCUCCUUUCGAAGUGAAAGUUGGCGUCUACAACAAUGAAGGAGAAGGGACCCUGAGCUCCAUAUCCAUCGUCUACUCUGGAGAAGAUGAGCCACAGAUAGCACCAGCAGGCACUUCAGCACUGAGCAUCUCUGCGGCAGAGGUGGAGGUCUCCUGGCAGCCCAUUGCGUGGAACAGACACACAGGCAGGGUGCUGGGCUAUGAGGUUUUAUAUUGGACCGAUGAUCCGAAGGAAAGCACAGCUGGUAAAGUCAGAGUCAAUGGGAACGUAACAGCCAAAAAUAUCACAGGCCUAAAAGCUAACACAGUGUAUUUUGCAACAGUUCGGGCUUACAACACAGCAGGGAUGGGACCCUCCAGUGCCCCAGUAAAUGUCACCACUAAAAAGUCACCUCCCAGUCAACCUCCAGCAAAUAUCGCAUGGAAACUGACAAAUUCCAAAAUCUGCUUGAAUUGGGAACACGUGAAAACAAUGGAGAAUGAAUCAGAGGUGCUAGGAUACAAAAUUUUGUACAGACAAAACAGACACAGCAAAGCUCAUAUACUGGAGACAAACAACACUUCAGCUGAACUCCUGGUGCCAUCUGAAGAAGAUUACCUCAUAGAAAUAAGAACCAUCAGUGAUGGUGGGGAUGGCAGCAGCAGCGAGGAAAUCAGGAUCCCAAAAAUAUCAAGUUUAAGCUCCGGAGGAAUAAAAUUGUCUCCAAGAGAACUGUAUAUAUUGACAUCUGGGAUCCUACUCCUGAGUUUUGUUCUUAUAUACUCCCUUCCUUGAUGACUGAAGCAAUGGACUCUAAAAAUUGAGCUACCUGUAGAUUCUGUCUUAAUAGUUUAUCACAACCAAAAUUUCCAGUAAAGAAAAAUAGUGGGGAUGGGGGAGGGAGACAGAGAUUGUACACAUAUAAGGAAAUGUAAAUAUUAAUAAUGCAUUAAUUUAAAAAUAUAAGCUUUGAAAUUCGUAGAUAAAUGUAUAUGCUUUAAUUAAAUAGAGUGGUACAAAAUAUAACUGGAGAUUGUGAAAAGAGUGAUCUCAAUUUUUUUUUACUAAUUCUUACUGAAACUCCAAUUUAAUGGUAUAGUAAACGUGGAAGAUUUGUGCCAGGAGGAAACUGAGAAGAGACUUGAAAUUGCUCGUGAUGUGGAUAUUAAUUAUCUCACGUUCUGCAAUGUAACCUCUAAACAAAAACCACCAAAAGCAUUUCAAAUAAAUAACAGUUAGUUGUUUACUUUUUGUAUUACAGGAACUACCAUAGAAUGCAUUUUAUGAAAUAUAUUUGUAGGGGAACUGUUAGUUCAGGGCUUUGACUGGUGAUUGAACACCUGGUGAAGGGGUUUGCCUGGCCCAGACAGCACAGCAAAUUGUUUGCACAUGUGCUCUCCACUUAACCAGAAGGGGUAGAGGCCCCCUGGGCUCAGAUAAGGGCCAGCUGCUGCAAGGAGGGCAUCUCUUGGACCUGGGCUGCACAAACAGGGAUCCCUUUCCCCAACUGGGUGAGUUUUUGGUUCUUUUUUCUAUACGUGGCUGUUGGCUUUACCUGUGAAUGCUUUGGCUGGUAUUUCUAAGAACCUGUCAAAAGCAAUUUUGCUUCUUUGUGAGCAGAACAAUACUUUACUGUUUUCUUCUGAAAUGAUACACCAAAUUAAAAGGAGGUAUAUGGACCAACCCCAAACCUUUGAAUUUAAGGAGUUUCAAUGGAACCAGCAAGCCUUGAAUCAGGUUUGGACAAGGUGGAACCUUUUAUGAUUUGAGAUAUAUGCUUUAAAAGGUUGUUUGAUGCAACGGCUGUUCUGAUCAACAAUUUUUUUAAAGGGGAGAUUAAAACAUAUGUCUUCUAUCAUGUUUAUUUCUCCUUCGGCUGGUACUGUUGUUCUUCACUGUAGGUUGAAAGUGUAGAUUCAUUUCUGGUAUGGAUGUGAAGGGAA